GCGCGGCGGGGCCAUGCGCGGAGGCGGGUUUGAACGGUGGCGGGCGCUGCGAGCUGCCGGGCCGUGCCGCCAAUGGAGCCCGCGCUGAAAGGUGUUUCUGCCUUUGUAGACGUUUGGUCAUCUAACAGAACAGAAAAUUACUCAAAAACCUUCGAACAGCAGCUUCUUGAUAUGGGAGCAAAAGUUUCAAAAACUUUGAACAAGCAUGUGACUCAUGUAGUCUUCAAAGACGGACGUUUGACUACUUGGAAGAAAGCGCAGAACAUGGGUGUAAAAAUAGUUUCUGUGCUCUGGGUGGAAAAGUGUCGAGAAACUGGAGUCCAUGUUAAUGAAUCCCUAUUUCCUGCAGUAGACACUAAUGAAGGAUUUCUAUUACCAAUCAAAAAACACAAAUGUAUGCAGCCAAAAGACUAUGUUGAAAAAACUCCAGAAAAUAAUAGAAAGCUUCAGAGAAGACUGAACCAAAUGGCUAAAGAGUUAGCUCUACAAAAGACCGCAGUUAAUUCUGAUACAGAUGUACCAGUUUUAUUAUUUGAAGACAAUGGUUCACUUAUAUACAGCCCUGUUAAUAAGAUAAAAGAUCAGUGCAAUGAAAUGGAAAGAAGAAUAAAGGAUAUGGAGGAAAAAAGAGAGAAUCUUUCUCCUACUGGUUCACAAGUGACUCAAACACUUCCAAGUAGCUCAUCAGGAGACUGCCCACUUUCUACUUGCGUCUUAACUAAUUCAGAAGAUGAGCUGCUACCUGCAGAACAAAUGGAAGAAUGCUUGAACUCAAGUAGUGAUUAUCUUUGUAGAAUUGAGACGUUAAAGAGACAGAGAACAGAGGUAGCAGAACAUGGCUGUGAUACUUGCUCUGAUAUUCAUGUGUCCAUGAGCACAUCAGUGAAUUCUCCAUCACAUGGCAAUGAGGAGAAGAGGUUAACACCAAAGCACCGUGCCAGAAGUUUAACACAAAAACAGAUUAUACAGCCGACUUUGGGUGAAAGAUUGUCUUUAGGAAAAAACCAUUUAAAGUUUCCAAAGAAAAAUCAGAACAAGAGCAAGACUACUGUGGUUGCAGAUGAAAGUUCUCUUCUUGAGGGUUUUGGUCAUAUUACUCCUUCCGAAAAAAUAGUCCAGUUAAAUACUGUUCCUGCUUUGAUUGACAGUCUCUCUAAUUUGCCUAUGAAUAAUGAAGACUUAAAUGCAUAUUCACUGGAUAAAAGCUUCCCUGUUGACAGAAAUUAUUCUCUUCUUGAAGACAAGAAACUACAAACCUUACCAAGUUUGAAGCUGGCUACCUCAGAACUGGGUGCAUCAGGCUCUAUGGGGUUCUUGCAAGCGAUUACUACACAUAGCAAGUCUUGCUGCACUGAAGAGGCUUCUUAUGAAGACUUCUUUUCAUCAUCUAAUUCAAAGGAAAAUGAAGUACAGAUACAAGUAUCCAAGGAAUCACAGAAUCCUCCUGAAGUUUGUUGCAAAGACUCUUUUCCAAGCACGGACCUACAUGAUGUGAGUUUCUGUGAGCCACAUAACACUACUAAGAUAAGUAGGAAGACCUCUAUUUCAGUAAAUGAUUUUCCAGUAAAGCAAAAAAUCACACCAGCUAAACAUCCAGGAAGCAUACCAUUAAAUAUAUCAGGUGGUGGAAAAGAUGACACUGAAGAAGCUCUGGAUGCUGAUGAUGGGAACAGGCUGCCACAGCAUGCUCAUGAAAAAUCCUACAACAGUGUAAAUGACUCUGCUCACAUUGCUGGUGGUGAAGAUGAAGUUUCAGAGUGUCACGUCACCGAUGACUCUUGCAAAAUUUUUAACGAGCGAAAGAAUAAGCACACUGGGGGCUUAAGAAAAGGUGGAAGACUCCAAAAGGGGCUAUGGCUUAAACAUUGCAACUUUUUGCUGACUUUUGGCAAUGUAAAGGUUAAGUUACAAAACCCAACAAGGACUCUAGUUAUGACAAGUAUGUCUUCUGAGGAGCAAAAUACAGUAAUUCAGGUCGUGAAGAAACUUGGAGACUUUUUGUUCUCAAAUGAAGUGUGUGAAACAACAAGUCAUGUAGUCACUGGGAGUCCUCGUCGUACCUUGAAUGUUAUGCUGGGAAUUGCUCGUGGAUGUUGGAUUGUUUCUUAUGAAUGGGUUCUGUGGUCUUUGGAAUUAGGCCAUUGGAUCUCAGAGGAACCAUAUGAGCUUUCAUCCAGCUUCCCUGCAGCUCCUAUCUGCAGGCUUCAGCGUCAUCUAUCAACAGGAAAAUACCAGCAGAAUCUCUUUUCAAACCAGCCUGUCAUGUUUGUAUCUCCUACCAGUCAGCCCCCCUGCCAAAAGCUAAUUGAACUUAUACAGCUGGCAGGAGGGAAAAUAAGUAAAGCCCUUAAUCAGGCAAAAAUCUGUAUAGGAAAAAAACCAAGCAAGAAGCACCAGGAAAUAAUAUCUUUAUCAGAAAAAUGGAUAUUAGGUCAAGGAUCUCAUGAGCUCCCUGCAGCUGCACAGGCCACCUUUAGCCCAUCAGUGGAUGGAAGGAAUUGCAUAUCCAGAUUCAAUCACUCAGUAUACAAUAUGUCCUAUGGAAAACUACAUUUUUCAGAUGUGAGCUAACUCAAGAGUUUCCAUAUGGUUGUAAGGAAACACGCCUAACUUGGAUUCAACAAAAAAAUGAGCUGUGAAGGAAAUUCCAAAGAAAAUGCAAGUCACAGACUUAUAAAUACAGAGGAACAAUUUCUAUAUUUUUAAUAUUUGUGCAAGUGUUCAUCUUGUGAAAUUUUUAGGUUUUGAAAUAAAGUAUUUCCCUAAUAAAA